CUAAACUAUUAUUUGAUGCAUCAUUUUGUAGCUGUUACACUUCUCUCUCCUCUAUCGGAAACUGUGGGGUACAUUGUUUUGCCUGCACCAGCUGAUGACAGAUAUAACUCAAUGUUUCUGAAUAAAGCUUGCAUUAUACAAGAUCCUCAGCUAGAUUUGAGUCCGGAUGGAGAAGCAACAGAUCCUUGGCGUCUUUGCACUGUGGAUCAAGUAGAGGAGCUGAAAGCAUUGCUCAAAGUUGUUCCAAUCUGGUUGACGGGAGCCGUAAUGGCCAUAAAUAUAAGCCAGACCUCUUUUCCAGUACUUCAAGCGACUACCAUGGAUCGAAAUGUUGGUUCAAGCUUUGAAAUCCCGGCUGCCUCCUUUGGCAUCUUUAUUGUCAUCUCUGGUAUACUUUGGAUUGUCCUCUAUGACUGCUUGAUUCUUCCCGUUGCAUCAAAAUUGACCGGAAAACCUACUCAUUUCAGCACAAAAGAGAGAAUGGGGUUUGGUUUGUUUUUUUCCUUCCUUUCAGUCUUAGUGGUGGCAGUCGUGGAAGGUGUCUGGAGAAAUAUUGCAAUCAAGGAGUAG